GUAUUCACCGCAACACCAUGAUUGCAUAUGGACAGUGGAGCCGAGAUCCGGGGGUUGAUACCUCUCAAUGGCAGUCCACGAGAGUUUGCUGUUAUACUUUGGGCACUCUUGCAGUCAGAAACUAUCCCUUGGCUUUAUGAUACUCUAACUUUGAGUGAGAACUGUGAUUUAGGCACGGCACUAUUGAACAUCGCGAGUCAAUUUCACAGAGGGUUUUGGUGAUCUGGGAGACAAGCCUACAAUCAUGGAUCCUGAGUCAGGCGGUUCCUCCUCUCUCGAAGCGGUUGUCGCUGCUCUUGUCCCAACCUCAAUUGCAGGGUUGUCACUUGUGGGAGUAUUCUUCUUAGUCCGGCGGAGAUUUCCAAUCCUAUAUGCACCCCGUACGUUCUUAGGAACCAUACCGGAAAAUGACAGAACACCCUCGGUCGGAUAUGGCAUUGACUGGCUGCGUAAUAUGCGAGAACUUCCCGAUAAAUUCCUUCUAUACCAUGAGUCCUUAGAUACCUAUCUCUAUCUUCGCUUUCUACGGACAAUAAUAUUCAUCUGCGUUGGCCUGACAUGGCCUAUCUUAAUGCCAGUGAAUGCGACAGGCGGCGGAUCGUCCACCGAACUCGACAGAAUCACCAUCAGUAAUGUCACUAAGACAAAUCACCUGUACGCGCACGCAGUCAUGGCCUGGGUGUUUCUCGGCUUCGUAUUGUUCACUAUCACUAGAGAGCGGCUCUGGCUUAUCAACCUUCGUCAGGCGUGGGCUCUUUCAACGCCGAACGCUAAGCGCCUCUCUUCUAAAACCGUGCUUUUUCUUUCGGCCCCUGCAGAUGCCCUGGACGAGAACAAUAUGAAACAAUUCUUUGGCGACGGAGCCGUGCGUAUCUGGCCUGUGACUAAGUCAGACACGCUGGAAGAGUUGCAGACACUGAUUUUGGAACGAGACGACUUAGUAGAGAAGCUUGAAUCUGCAGAAGCCGUUCUGAUUCAUAAGGCUAGCUCGCUGAGCGCUCAUAGGGGUGCUGACGGGAAGACGAGGUAUAUGCUAAGCUAUUCUGAUAUUCCUGACUUAGUGAAAAUGGGAAUGCGCCUGCGAUCUCAGCCUAAAAAAGUUCUCUUCGGCUCCUAUGUUGGACUUGCGCAAGGUGAAGAGGUGGAUACAAUACAGUCGCUUCGGGACCUAAUAAAGCAGAAAGAGGAGCUUAUUUGUGAGACCACCAGACGUUACGAUGAUGAGGAGCCUCAUGGCACAGCAGCUGUCUUUGUUGAAUUCAAAACACAGGCCGAAGCCCAGCAAUCCUGCGAACAUGUUAAGUCGCCGGAUGCUUUGACAUUGACGCCGAGAUAUGCUGGUGUAAAACCGAACGAGAUCAUUUGGAAGAACCUGAACAUUCCUCCUAUCCGGCGAAUAUCGCAGUCAGGCGUUGCCCUCGCCAUGGUUGCUUCGACCAUCGUGUUCUGGUCUGUCCCUAGCGGACUCGUUGGCCUCGUGUCAAAUAUUGACUCUCUUGCGGAAAACUUCGAGUCGUUGGGUUUCCUCAACGAUCUGCCUGGACCUCUCAAUGAUCUGCUUACGGGCCUCGUUCCGCCGCUCUUGACUAGUUAUCUAAUCAAAGACGUGCCGCUUUUGUUUAGAAACAUAUUCACAUCUUGUGGUGGGCCUACACAAACAGUAAAUGAACUGAAUGUUCAAAGAUGGGGACACAUUUUCCAGGUUACGCAGGUCUUCCUAGUAACAGCUGUAUUCUCAGGAGCGGCAACGGUAGUUUCGCAACUUUCUGAAAACCUGCGAGAUAUGACGGCUAUACCAAGAUUGCUGGCAACACAGCUUCCAAAAUCGUCCAACUACUAUCUUACAUAUUUCAUUGUCCAGGGAAUCACAUCUGCGGCAGAUAACCUCUUAAACUAUUCGGAAUUGCUUAACCACCUCUCUUUGGAAUAUCUGGUCGAUGAGACGCCGCGCCAAAAGUUUAAACGACAUACAAGCAUGAAAGACAUUGCUUGGGGUCAAGUGUUCCCGAAGUUCACCAACUUUGUUGUCAUUGCAAUCGCUUAUUCGUGCAUCGCACCGCUAGUUCUUGGGUUUGCCGCAGCAGGACUUUCCCUAUACUACUUAUCGUACCGAUAUAACCUAUUUUACGUCAUCAAACCCCUGAUAGAUACCCAGGGCCAAGCAUAUACGCUUGCGCUUCGACAUCUACUCAUCGGUGUCUACAUCGCGGAGCUAGCGCUGAUGGGCUUUUUCGGUCUGCAUAAAGCCAAUGGACCCAGCGUUAUCACAGGGGUGCUCUUCAUUUUCACCAUCGUUUACAGUGUGCUGAUGAAUAGAUACAUCUCACCUCUCGAGAAGCGAUUUCCAUUUGAUUUAGCCUCUUCAAAAGGGAGAGAAGAGGAAUCACUACCGCUUCUUUCGAGCAUAGAGGAGGGCCAAGGCACAUUUACCUCGUCAUCAACGGCCUCCGAACUUCCUGUCUUCAUGCCUUAUAACUUCAUGAAGUCUUGGGUCCGCGAGGAAAAAGUUCUCGACCACGAAGAUUUGGAAAUCCCGGACUAUACCGAGGAAGAGUUGACACGGGCUUAUCUGCAUCCGGCUCUGACCUCGCCGGCGCCGGUGAUCUGGAUGCCCCGUGAUCCUGCGGGCGCAAGCAAGGUUGAAGUUGGCGAGACCGAGGAGUUUGGGUUGAGAGCUAGUGAUGAAGGUGCGUGGCUUGAUGAGAGUCGCAUAGUCCGUUGGAAUUUGCACAGUAUUGAGGACGUGCCCAUCUGGAAGAAGGUGGUGAAAUAUUGAGCUCUUGUCACUGCAGGCAUGCAAUGAAAUAAAUAACACAGCUUCAUUUUAUUAUGAUAGCUAUCUAUUACCUACUCAACUGAAGGAUGAAUGACUUUAGUGAAGUGAUUCCAUCUGUCAAAGAUCAUGG